AUGGCUGAACAGAAUGAUUCAUUAUCGAAUAUAAUAACAAUAGAUGGAUCAUAUCUAGAAGGAGGUGGUCAAAUACUGCGUAACUCAACAGCAUUGAGUGUUCUACUUGGAAUUCCUAUUUGUGUAGAAAAAAUUCGAGCUGGUCGAUCACAAGGUGGAUUACGACCACAACAUCUUACUGGUAUACAACUUUUAGCUCAAUUAUCUGAAGCUAAACUUCAUAAUGGAAAUAUUGGUGCAACAGAAAUCUUUCUUACACCUAAAACUAUUAAAGGUGGAAAUUAUAUGGCUGAUACAAAAACAGCUGGGAGUGUAUGCUUAAUGAUGCAAACCGCUAUCCCAUGUUUACUUUUUGCUAAUAAUUCAUCUCAUUUGAGAUUACAUGGAGGAACAAAUGCAGAAUUUGCUCCAGAAAUUGAUUAUUAUUCAAUGGUUUUUCAACCAAUGACAAGACGAUUUAAUUUCAUUUUUGAUAUAAAUUUAGUUCGACGAGGUUAUUAUCCAAAAGGUGGAGGUGAAGUUCGUAUUACUGUAAAUCCAAUUGAUCAAUUAACAGGUGUGGAUUUAACUGAAUUUGGACAAAUCAAAAGAUUUUUUGGUCGAGCUUUUGUUGCUGGAAAUUUAUCUAAACGUAUUGCUCAUGAAAUGGCUGAAGCCGCUCAAAAAUUAAUACAUAAACAAUAUUCAAAAGAUAUUCCAAUAGAAAUUGAAGUUGUUAAAGAACCUGAUAAUAUGGCUGUUGGAACAGCUACUGGUAUCAUAGUUGGAGCUGAAACAACAACAGGUUGUAUACUUGCAGCUAGUGCAUUAGGUAAACGCGGCGUACCAGCUUAUGAUGUUGGUACACAAGCAACAGAAGAUUUACUUCAUGAUUUGUCAUGUCAAGCAUGUGUUGAUCGACAUUUACAAGAUCAAUUAAUUAUUUUAAUGGCUCUUGCUAAAGGUAAUUCAAAAAUUCGAUGUGGUCCAUUAUCAGAUCAUACUAAAACAGCUAUUUAUGUUGCUGAACUUUUAACUAAAGUGAAAUUCACAGUUACAGAAGUAUCAUCAAUAAAAACCAGAAAUGAUCAAUCGAACUCUUCUACAACAGAAGCAUCAGCAGCUUCUGCAUCUAAUACAUCAAAUUCUGCAUUUAUUAUUGAAUGUGAAGGCUUAGGUUAUCAGCGACGAUUUUAA